AGAGCGCAUUUGGUGGUAAAGAAAAAGAAUUUCGCUCUGCGCCACACAUUAGCAUGCUAGCUAGCAUAGCCAACCGCUGCAGAGUUGACUAAAAGUGAUUCUUACCCAGCUUUGUUUCAUAAUUUCUCUCCACUUUAACUUAAAACACCAGAAACGGGUUGGAAAAGUGAUUUUACGCGUUGUUUGUUAACUGUUGUGUUUAAUGACAGCUUAGCGCUGUUAGCUUUGUUGGUUGACGGGGUUAGUCUCGUCUGUGCACUUUAUUUUCAGCCAAUAAAAGACGUGUGGUCGAUCAAGGACAGCUUUGGGGGGAAAAGGGCGAGAAUCCGGAGGAUCCUUCCUAACCUUGCUUUAACCUACAUUAACUGACUGAUGGGAGGAGGACCAACGACUGCAGCUACUUAUGACCUGCUUUAGUCAGAAAUUGUGAGAAGCUGUUUGGCAGGGAGGUGGCACCAGAGGUCUCCUUACACUCACGUUACACUGGAGAGCUCACUGUAAUUCAGUAUCUGCUCCAGCAGACUGGUCAGUCACUGCAGCCUGAUUCAGAGGCAACAGAAGAGCAUGAUGUGACGGACGGCAUGGAGGAAAAGUUGAGGGAUUCUGUGACAUCACUGAUUGUCUCGCAGUGCUGAACUAAUAUGUUUCUCAGGCUUCAUCUCUCCACUGUUACAUCUGGUCCUGAUUUCUUGGCCCUCAGCAUUUCCACUUUGGGAUAUGACACAAUUCCUGCAGCACCAGUCGCAUCCACCAUGACACCCAGCUCUCUGCCCUCUACUUCAUCCUCACAAGUUACAUGUUGAAUACCAACUACCAAUAUGAACAUAUGGUGAAAGCUGUUGUUUUGGACCCAAGAAAUGGGUUUAAUGUUGACCGAACUCUGACAAAACAGGAUAUCCAGAAACUUGAAGAGAUGUGUCUGGAUAAACUCAUGGAGAAGUGCAGCCCAACCCUUGACACGAUCAAAAUGCAAGUGUAUUUUGACAUGAAUUAUACCUCCCGACGUGAGUUUCUUGAGGAAAUCCAGCAGGUGGUGGAGUCGAGGCUGAGUCCAGUGAGCAGGGACAUCACUGACAGUCGGGUGAAAACACGUGAAGAACUGGAUUCUCUGUACCACAGAAUAGUCACUUACAUUCUGCUUCGCUCCGGCAUGGGCUCACCUGCACACGUCCAUGCGGUGCAAGAGGCUGCAGCUGCGCUGCAGAGUGUCUUUCCUCCAACGGAACUGGGAGCCUUCAUGGUGCUCUUAAAGAAGGAGAAGGAGCAGCAACUCAGUGAACUCACCAUGAUCGUAACAGGGAUACGACUCUUCAACAAAGCCUGCAAGAAGGGAGCACAGGAGACGGAACUCCAUGAAAUCAUGCCAGAAAUUCUUACUGAAGCUCUUCCAGUCGUCGGCAAAGGCAUCGAAGAGAAGCUGAGUGUGUCACAGAGUUUGGCGUGGAAAUAUACGACUGUGCUGGAGAAGCUAACAGACCCUGACAAAGAACCUGGACAACAUGACGUGCCCAUUGUUCUGCUCAGACAAGCUCUGUACAAUGUCAGGCAGCACGAAGUCUUCCUCAAAACAUUACUGGCUGACAGUCAUCUUUGCACCAAGCAUGUUGAAUUCCUGCAGACGGAGCUGUCGACUCACAUGAAGCUGCUGAAAGAGAGAGUGAAGUCAAAGGCAGCUGUUCCCACUACACAGGUCUUUCCCCUGUUCAAAGCCCUGUCAAAGGUGUGGACUGGACUUCAGGAUGAGGCUGAGCUGCUGAACAUCCUCAGUAACAUUACACACAAUCUGCAGCUCUUCCUGGCCUCUCAGGCUGAGAUCUUCUCUGAGGCGUAUUUGGAUGACCUGCUGGGGGCGACUGAUGUGAAGACAGAUGAGCAGAGAAUGACUGAGUCUUCAGAUGAGCGUAUUGUUCCAUCGGAGAUGAAGACACAGGAAUGGCUCCUGCCUGAAACAACAGAUAGUUUUAAUGAUCUGUUGCUGCAGUAUAAUGGAGUGUGUGGUUACACACUCGUGAAUAGAGAUGGGCUUCUGCUUCCAGGUAAUCCACACAUUGGAGUCUUGAAGCACAAAGAAAAGCACUAUGUUUUUAGCUCCAAAGAAGCUGCCUUAAAAUUUGCCUCCUGUCCAGAUGACUUCAUAACAGAGGUUGCAGAAAAAGCCAAGCUCUCCCCUGAACUCAUUCAGCUGCUCCAACUCCAUCAACAGGUCUCCCGUGUCACUCCAUACACUGAGUUGGAGCCAGGAGAGAGUUUAUUGGUGAAAUCCAUCACGAAGUGUGAGAUCAGCACACAGACUGACAUCCACCCAGUGGAGGGAAACAUCGUCCAGUCAUACGAGUGGAACGAGUGGGAGCUGCGACGAAAAGCUAUCAAACUGGCUGAUCUUCGGACAAAAGUGACGCACUCAGCACAGACUGAUCUGAGCCACAUGCGGCGGGAAAACGCCACUCAGACGUGGCCGCCCAAAGACGCCGCCUGUCAAAGCAAGAGAGAUGGAGCGAGCAACGUGCCCAAACCUCAGGUCUACCUGGCAGGUCUGAGGGGACAAAGAGACGGACGAGUGGUCAAGACAAAUCUGACUAGAUCAGUGGAUGAUUAAUCAAGGUGUGAAAACAAAACAGUGAGUGAAAUAAAACUUAGGAAGCUUAAUACAAUACAUGUCACUCUUCUGAUCAAAACCUGAACAAUGCAGCAAACAGAGCUCAGAGGGAAAUGUGCCGUAUUUCACUUUAUUUUAAGACCCACCAGCACAUGGACACUCAGAUUAUUUUAACACAAUCACCAGUUGGUGUGAAAUGUGCAAAGACACCCAUCCCAUUCUGUGAAAUAUAUGUAAGUGCUGAGUGGUACUGUUUUAUUGAAUAUAUUAAGUCACUCAGACUCAAACCCUUACAUUUUUCCUGAUAAAUUAACUAAAAGCACAUUAAGGUUAAAGCUCAUUAAUUAAUAAUUGCUUUAUUGUAGCCUUAGAAUAAGUAGUCUAUGCAAAGUCUUAAAUCAGAAGCGCACCAAAUUCAUAAGUCAGGUUCCACCGAGAUUUGAACUCGGAUCACUGGAUUCAAAGUCCAGAGUGCUGACCAUUACACCAUGGAACCACUGCUUGUUCCUAACUAUAUGUCGAGAAGAUCUAUAAUAUAAACAGAGCAUGUCCUAGUAACAGUUGAACUAUAAUUUUUUAUAGAUCGUGGUUGGUGAUGAGUGACAAACCCUGGAUCACAUUAAUUUCUUCAGAUUACUCAGUGAAUUUUCUGGAUGAUAUGUGAAUUGAUUUGGUAUCAAUUGUAUUUUGAAGAGAAUUAAUAAUUGCUUUGUAGUCAGGCAGUGUAGCCUUAGAAUAAGUAGUCUUUGCAAGGAACUUGAAUCAGAAGCGCACCAAUUCUUAUACACUGAAUCUUGAAGUCAGCUUUUUAACUCGGAUCACUGGAUUCAAAGUCCAGAGUGCUGACCAUCACACCAUGAAACCACCACACAAUGCAAACCAAACAUUGACUAGAUCUAUAUUAAAAGGAGAGCAUGCCCUAGAUAUUGUUGAACUGUAUUUUUUUAAACCUUGUUUUUUGUGGUAUGUUUUAAGGGUUCCAUGGUGUAAUGGUCAGCACUCUGGACUCUGAAUCCAGCAAUCCGAGUUCAAGUCUCGGUGGAACCUGAGUUUUAAGCAGCAGGAGGUCACACUAAAAGAAAUGCUGAGUGAGGAAAGAACUCUGAGUCGUUGGAACACAUUAAUGAGAUUCAUGUCCAAAACACCAAAACCACAGAAAUUACAUUUCAACCAUUACUAAUUCUCUUAAUGUACAUGUGCAUCUUAAGAAAUUAGAAUACUGUGGAAAAGUUCAUUUAUUUCAACUCAAAUAGUGAAACAGUGAAUUUUGGGUUGUUGUUAAAUGUGAGCCAAAAUCAUCACAAUUAAAAAAACUAAAGACUUAAACUACUUCAGUUUGUGUGUAUUGAAUUUAUAAAAUACAGGGUUUCACUAUUUGAGUUGAAUUACUGAAAUAAAUGAUCUUUUCCACAAUAUUCUAAUUUAUUGAGAUGCACCUGUAUAUUAAUAUAUUGUAGUUCAGUCCAAAUAAUGAUGUCCAUGUCAUUAUCUACUAAAUAUGCCUGUGUGACAUAUAUGAGUAUCUCCUCAAUGAAUUGCACCAGUUUUUUUUUGUGUAUAGGUUCCAUGGUGUAAUGGUCAGCACUCUGGACUUUGAAUCCAGUGAUCCGAGUUCAAGUCUCGGUGGAACCUGAGCUUUGAACUGUAGCUAUCCAAAUUUAGUUGAUACCACAUUAAAAGAAGUUAAGAUUGUCCCUGGAUAAAUGUUAAAAAGCUCUAUCAUCUAGAAAAUCCACUCUGAAUAAUUGGAAGAAAUUACUGAGAUUCAGUGUUUGUCACCAACCAUUAUCUAUACAAAAA